GUUUGUAUUCUGAACAUGAGCUCCAGAGUGCUGUGGCUGACAAGGUCCGAGCCAGGCAUCUUCUAGGCUUCUUCCACACCUGUAUUGUGAUCUCCAGGAGCCAUGGGGAGGCAGAAGGAAAUGUUGACGGCCGUCGGACGGAGGCUGCAGAUCAGGAAUAAGUUGCUCCGGCAGGCCCUGGCUGAAUGCCUGGGCACCCUGAUCUUGGUGAUGUUCGGUUGUGGUUCGGUGGCCCAGUUGGUGCUCAGCAGAGGGAGCCACGCCCGCUUCCUGACGGUCAACUUGGCCUUCGGGUUUGCUGUGACCCUUGGAAUUCUGAUUGCUGGACAGAUCUCAGGUGGUCAUUUGAACCCGGCGGUCACUUUUGCGAUGUGCUUCAUGGCGCGGGAACCUUGGAUCAAACUUCCGAUUUAUGCUCUCGCGCAAACCAUUGGAGCUUUUCUUGGAGCGGGCAUCGUGUUCGGCUUAUAUUUUGAUGCUAUCUGGGCAUUUGGUGAAAAUCAACUCUUCGUAGUGGGCCCCAAUGGGACAGCGGGCAUCUUUGCCACCUAUCCAUCCGACCACUUGAAUUCCGUCAACGGAUUUUUUGACCAGUUCAUCGGCACGGCGGCGUUGAUCGUUUGUGUGCUGGCCAUUGUGGAUCCGUACAACAACCCUGUGCCAAGAGGUUUGGAGGCCUUCACGGUUGGCUUCGUCAUCCUGGUCAUUGGGACCUCCAUGGGCUUCAAUUCCGGUUAUGCCGUCAACCCAGCCCGAGACUUUGGGCCCCGUCUCUUCACCGCCAUUGCUGGCUGGGGUACUGAAGUUUUCACGACUGCUGGCCACUGGUGGUGGAUCCCUAUCGUUGCCCCUUUCCUGGGUGCCAUCGCAGGUGUUCUGGUCUACCAGCUGAUGAUAGGUUGCCAUGAUGAGCCACCUCCCGAAUCCAACGACGAGGAGAGUGUCAAGCUGUCCCACGUGAAGCAGAGGGACAAUGUCUGAAGCUACGCACUUGCUCCCUGGACAAUUUUUUUUAAAGAAAAAAGAUAAAAAUUUUAAAAAAAAACCAAAGAAGAAAGCAAAAUGUUCACACAACAGGAUUUUGGAGUCUUCUCCACACUUGCUUCUUUGUCUACCCUUGAUGUUUUUUUUUUGUUUUGUUAAGGCAGCUUUCUCUCAUCAGGUUCCCUCCAGAUGUUUUGGAACUAGAAUUCCCAGGUUCCUCUUUCAACAUGCUGGUUGGGGAUGAUGGGAAUUGGAGGCCCAUCGAAUCUGGAGGCCAUCAGAUGGAGGGAACUGCAGGGGGAAUGUCCAUGUCUACCUUUCCUAAGGCAGCUUUUCCCCAUCAUGUUCUUUCUGGAACUAGAAUUCCCAGGUUCCUUUUUGAUCAUGUUGGCUGGGGAGAAUGGAAAUUGCAGAUCUGGAGGUUACAAGGUGAAGGGAAUUUGCCUGCGAAUACACAUGUCGAUGUUUCUAUUAAGGUAGCAUUCCCCUAUCAAGUUCCCUCCAGAUGCAAGAGAACUAGAAUUCCCAGGUUUCUCUUUGACCAUGUUGGUUGGGAAGAAUGAGAAUUGCAGUCCCAAUAGAUCUGGAGGUCACCAGAGGGAGGAAACUGCCUGUGUAUAUGUAUAUCUUGUAUCUUGUUGGGGGAUUACGAUCUAACUUGGCUUGUUUUGAAGGACCACCUGUCCCAUAGCUCUGCUCCCAGGAGGGAUAUUUUGACUACUUGGGCCCCCCCUUUCACUAAGUCCUCUCUGUUGCUUCUUCUGGCAUGAGAUGGGUUUGGAGGGUAUGGAUUCAUCGUUGUAAAUAAAUUUGGGGCCCUGGGGUUGAGAGAAAGAUGGGAAAAAGCUAUUACAGCUGCUGUGCAUAGCUGGAUAGCCCCAAUCCUCUCAUUUAUAUUUUCUGCAAGACAUUUUGGGUGAAAGUCAAUGUUACAGAAUAAGAGAGUUGGAAGGGACCUUGGAGGUCUUCUAGUCCAACCCCCUGCUCAAGCAAGGAGACCCUACACCAUUCCAGAAAGAAAAAAUGGUUAUCCAAUAUCUUGUUGAAAACCUCCUGUGAUGAAGCCACCACAACUUCUGGAGGCAACCCAGGGUGAAGAAGACCUAAAUCUGGCCAACUUUUCUCACUUCGUUAGUUGCAAGAAAAGGAAACUUCUGACCAUAUUAAUUGAAUUCAAGAGUAUGGAUAGACAGGGAGAAAUCAAGGGGAAAAUGGUGAUCGACCUUAAGCCAAACAUUGUAGAAAAAGUUGGGUUGGAAGGUCUCAUUCUGAAUUUCUAGACCAACUAGUAAUUUGUCUAGAUUAUUCCAGACCAAUAACCUUCAUCCCAAUUAUUUACGCCUUCUGCUUUCUGAAAAACCACUGCGUGCAUUUAAUUCUUGCUUUAACUUGUAUUUCUUCAUUGUUUUAAACAUGCAUUUAUGAAAAGAUCUUCAGAUGGUUAUUGCAACCAUGUGUCCUUCACACCCAAGGGCUUGAGGUCUUAGGCAGACCCUGGUGUGGCAGAAUUGAGUGUUGAAUUUUGGCCCAGGUCUUUUACAUACACUAGGCUAUUUUUAAUGCCUACUGGGUAGAGCUGGGAAGAAAACCAAGCACAGAUUACUAAUAUUAUGCAAUACCCCUAGUUAUUUGAGAGCCAGUUUAGUCUAGAGGUUAAGGCACCAGGCUAGAAACCAGGAGAUGGUGAAUUCUAGUCUGGCCUUAGCCAUGAAAGUCACGUGGGUGACUGUGGGCCAAUCACCAGGAGAUGGUGAGUUCUAGUUCCACCUUAGCCAUGAAAGCCAGCUGGGUGACUUUGGGCCAAUCACUAGGAGAUGGUGAGUUCUAGUCCGGCCUUAGGCAUGAAAUUCGAGUGGGUGAUUUUGGGCCAAUCACCAGGAGACGGUGAGUUCUAGUUUCCACUUUAGAUACAAAAGUUGGUUGAGUGACCUGGGCCAGUCAUUCUGUCUCGGCCCAACCCACUUCAGAGGGUUGUUGUGGGGAAAGUAGGAGGAGGAAGGAGUAUUAGUCUUAUAUUCGCUAACUUGAAUUGUUUGUAAAAAUAAUAAAAGCAGGAUACAAAUAAAAUGAGUAAACAUUCAUCUGGACCCAUCCUUUCAAAAAAAGCACUUCCACUGCUUACAAACACAGAAUAUUGAAAUCUGAAUAUUGCCAAUGUGAUGCCAGCUUCCUUAAAUUAUGGAUUUCCUGAACAAUCUGUAAAGUUUAACAUUUGUACUGUAUUUCCAGGUAUUUUUUUUUUAAAAAAUGAAAUUAAUACACCUCUUGUAUAAUUGCUAUUAUUGUUUUGCAGUAUUUGUAAACUGGAUGGUAAUAAAUAGGCUGGCAUUGCAAAUGCCACUGUUUGAUAUGAAUGAAUUAAACGGAAUCCUUUGUAUUUCUA